UCCUCAGUCCGACGAGCAGCUCGUCGAUGAUCCUGCCAUGGUGGACAUUACUCCUCCUCACCCCGACGAGCAUUUCGGUGGUGAGCCGGCCGUGGAAGACACCGCCCCUCCUCGAUUCUCCGACGAGCAACAACUCGGGUGCGUGCCGCAAACCACGCUGAUGCCGUACGCGGCCGUGGACUCGUCGCUGCGCGCCAUGGCCGGCCAGGCCGAGGGCUUCGGCCGGCACGCCAUCGGCGGCCUCCACGGCGACGUCUACCACGUCACCACCCUCAAUGGUACGCACGCUGAACGAUGUAUUAUUAAAGACGACGGGCCCGGCUCGCUGCGGGACGGCUGCCGGCGCCAGGAGCCGCUGUGGAUCGUCUUCGACGUGUCCGGCACCAUCCGCCUCGCGUCGGGGCUGCGCGUGUCGUCCCACAAGACCGUGGACGGCCGCGGGCGGCGCGUCACCCUGUCCGGCAAGGGGCUUCUUCUCCGCGAGUGCGAGCACGUGAUCCUGUGCAACCUGGAGGUGGAGGGCGGGCGCGGGCACGACGCCGACGCCGUCCAGAUCAAGCCCGGGUCCAGGCACGUGUGGGUGGACCGCUGCAGCCUGCGCGACUUCGCCGACGGCCUGCUGGACGUGACCUGCGGCAGCACGGACGUGACCGUCUCCCGGUGCCGCUUCUCGGCGCACGACAAGGCCGUGCUGAUCGGCGCCAGCAGCGGCCACGUCGGGGACCGGCGCAUCCGGGUGACCAUCCACCACUGCCUCUUCGACGGCACGCGGCAGCGGCAGCCCCGCGUCCGGUUCGGCCGGGUGCACCUCUACAACAACUACACCCGGGGCUGGGGCAUCUACGCCGUCUGCGCCAGCGUGGAGUCGCAGAUUGUCUCCCAGUGCAACAUCUACGAGGCAGGGGAGAAGAAGAAAGUGUUCACGUACAUGAGCGAACAGGCGGCGGACAGAGACUGCAGCUCAAGUGGGCGCAUCCGGUCUGAAGGCGACCUGUUCCUGAACGGCGCGCAGGAGUACACCGAAAAUGAUUUGGAAACUGCAGAAGACGACCAGUGGGACUUCGAGGUCCGGGAUUGCUACAAGCCGUGGUCGGUCCAGCCCGCGUCGAUGGCGCUCAAGGAGCUCCUCGAGUCCUGCACCGGCUGGCAGCCGGUUCCGCUGCCGGAAGACGUCUGCUUCACAAGAGCACCUGCUGCUGCUGCUGCUGCUACGACAUCUGUCUGAACCACUCUGAAAUUUUAGAGCACGAUC